AUUGUGCUCUACUUCCCUAAUUUAAAGAGAUGUGAUACUGGACGUAUUAACUGGAUUUUCCCAUGCAAUGUUAAUACGAUUUGAACGUUUGUUCAGUAAAUUUGAUGAUGGGGCUGUAAGCGAGCGCAGCGCACGCUGGGGCGGAAACAGUGGGGAGAAGUUGUGUGUGUGUGUGUGUGUGUGUGUGUGUAUGAUUUCUGCCAUGAAGGAGUGGCCCAAAGCUUGUGUUCCUCUGUGUUUGUGUAGAUGCCUCAUGAUGAAUUUGAUUGUUGCUGCAUUUGGUUCGUGAGCAGCUCUGCAAGACGCGGGGAAAGGACGCACAACGCCAGUCCCAGUUAGAGGUGGUGAUUCGAAGAACAAAAAAAUGCCGGUGCCUCCUCCACCUCCCCCUCCCCCAGCCCCCACCUUCUCUCAGGCGAACACUGAGAAGCCUGUCUUGAAGAAGUCAGAGCAACAGGGCCGGAACGCUCUGCUGUCUGACAUUAGCAAAGGAGCAAGGCUUAAGAAGACUGUUACUAAUGACCGCAGCGCCCCUAUACUUGAUAAACCCAAAGGUGGUGUUGGAGGAGGAGGUGGGCCUGGAGGUGGGGGUGGUGGUGGUGGUGGUGGUGGUGGUGGGGGAGGAGGGUUUGGGGGUGGAGCCCCAGCUGGUCUGGGUGGGCUCUUCCAGGGGGGGAUGCCAAAGCUCCGCUCCUCUCGAGAUGACUCGUGUAGUGUCAGGCCUCCAGUUCUUCCACCUGGUGCUCGUAGCUCAGGUCCACGGCCCUUUGGUGGAGGAUCUGGCUCUGCCCCUCGUUUUCCUAUGCAACGCAGUGAAUCUGUUGACCCUCCACGGCCACGGAUGACUCCACCCCGGCCUGAAACACCUGGAGGGCCACCUCCCCCACUUCCCAGUGCCCCACGGCCUUUUCAGAGUGGCCCACAGAGCAGAGGACCACCCUCACUUCCGGGGGCACCCCGACCGGGUUCCGCACAAACCCCUUCACCUUCAAACCCUCCUGGACGACAGCCUGCACCUCCACCUGUGCAGAGUGGAUUUGGUCGUCCUCCUUCCAUUCCUUCACCCCCAGUGAGCCACGCCGGGCGACCCCCUCCUCCCCCUGCCCCCGGUCGAGGUGAUGACCGUCCUCCCCCUGUUCCCCCUGGAAACCGUUCUUCUUUGCCCCUCACGCGGGACAGCCCACCCCCACCACCUCCUCUAUCUGCAAGUAGUAAACCAACUCCUCCUCCAACUCCUGCUCCCGCCUCAUUGCGAACACCUGUAAGCGCAGCUCCACCUCUGCCACCGGGACGCCCAGGCCUGUCUACUCCCGAGGAGCUUACACCGCGCCUUCCCGAACGGAACCUGUCACUGGGCUCGCAUGCCCCUGCCCCUCCGCCUGGACGAUCCGGCCCCCUUCCUCCACCUCCUUCUGAGAGACCACCCGCAUUGGGCAGGAAUGCAACCGGACGAACAGGUCCCCUUCCACCUCCACCUCCUUCAGGGCGUCCAGGAGGAGGAAGCAUAAGGUCAUCACCAGCUCCUCCCCCGCCAAGCAGACCAGGGAUGGAGCCUCACCGUGGUGGAAGUAGACCACCCCUCCCACCCGACAGACCCAACUCUGGACCUCUGCCCCCUCCCCCACCUAUGGGCAAUGGUUACCACAAUCAGGGACAUCAUAUAGAUGACUGGGAAUCUCGCUUCACGUUCCGGCCGCUAUCGGACCUUCCACCUCCUGAACCCUACAUCCCCUGUCAGAAGACCUAUCCUAGUAAACUAGCCAAGAACGAAAGCCGAGGUUCAGGAAAGAAAGAGAGAGGUGCACCUCCCCUGCCUCCUGUUCCUAGGUGAAAGUAACUGAUUGUUUACUCAGGGUUUGAAAAACCUUCCCGUCUCCAGUUAUCUACCAGUACCAAUUUUCUCUGAUACUGUCUGUAUUCAUAUUGUUCUGCCAGAGUAGUCCAUUGAACUAUUAAAGAUGUAUAAAAGAAGUAUAAAAAAAACAGCAAAUGGUGUUCUAUAAUAGACAACAUUAUCAUGCUACUGCCAGUUUGUGCUAAUUAUCUUAUAAUAAUAUAAUGUUUUGCUUUUGUUUGCUUGAAAGAUUGAUGAAACGAUUUGUUUGUUUGCUUUGAUGUCAAGUGGUGAGAUAUCUAAAAAUAGUACAGCAAGGUUUUACUUUAUUUUUUCAGCUUUUUUCUGUGUGAGAGGAAAUAGUGAGGAGUUGUUGCCCUGGAUGAAAGUGAUGGUUAAAUCAGCUGUUUGCCACUUCUACCUAUUCUUGUUAUUGCAUGUGCACCUAUUUCCUUUUUGUCUGAAAAAUAAUCUAUAAUUAUGAAUCCGUGCAGAUUUGAUAUUAAGGUGCAGUCAUUUAAAAAUGUAAAAAACAAAGUAAUGCAAAACUUAUCUGUGCAGAGUCCCGUUACUGGUAAUUUUAGGAACUUUUUUUAAAAGAUAAGAUUUUUGGCGCCCCCUACAUUCCACAUGCCAAACAACACGGUAUUUAUAUAGCAUCGAAAAUUGAAGCCCAGCUGCUUAGAUGUGGAGAACACAUUGUGGAGAGUAUCAGAGUAAGAGUAAAUCAUGUAUAAGUCUUCAAUGUUGACGGAAUGUGUAUUUGCAUUAGUGCAGUCAUGUGGGUCUUUUGUGGUGUUUUCAGUACCUCAUGCUGAUCUAAAUGAAGGAUGAUUUGCUUUACAUUAUCAUGUAAAUGCCUUUAUGUAAUAUGGGAUUAUAUCUCUUUAUGAUGCAAUGCAAAAAGCCAAAAAAUGUGUCAGAAGUUUAUAUUUUAUGAUCUAUGUAUGCACCUGCUUGUUUUCUUUGUUAGCUCAGUAUUACGGUGCCUUAUGUAUAUAUCACAGACGUAUGAUGUCUGUCAGAGAGAAAGACUGCGAUUUUCUAAAAGUAUAAUUGUUAAAUUAGGGAGAUUAUGUUGUUAAAUAUAGUUUGCCUCUUCCAUAAUGUGCUUCUAGAAAGAAUCAAGAAGCCAAGGUGAGGUGAGCUGGCUUUGUUUAGACUGUUAUGAUGCCUUAUAUUUGUUCACAUUGAAAAAAGGAUUUGGCAAAGGUCUUCUGAUGAAAAUAAAAUUGUAGUGAGUAAAGAAGGAAAAUGACAGAUUCAGAAGAUAUAUGCAAAGUAACAUAACUUCUGCAGCAUCUUAAAUUAGAUAAGAAGAAGUGAAAAAGUUGAUGAAAGAUUAUUGCAUAACCAAAAAACCAAAAUACAAAAAAAAUAUUCCAACAUCAAGGAUGGUAAGGCCUCUGAUUUAUGAUGUGUUUGCACACACAUCACUGACAUUAAUGUGUGAUAGAUGCUUAAUGCGGUACUAUUCUUUUUAGGUUAUUUUUAUCUGCCUGUAUGAGCACAUUUAAGUUUCAUACAGCAUAUUUGUUUCAUUUGUACAUUUCUUUGUUAACUACAUCCAAUCUUUUGCCAAAAAUGUUAUUUGAUUUAAAAUGUUUUCUAAAUAAACAUUCAAGAUGGA